AUGAGCUUGAGUACAUCGGGCCUGUACAUCGGCGCUACGCUCGGAGCCUUGGUAUUUCCCUCUGUUGCAGACCGCAUGAGCCGAAGAGGGGCAAUCCUCGUCUCGGCUCUUUUAACUCUAGUCUUUGUCAUUAUCCAGACUGCGUCGGUGCACAUCGCCAUGUUUACCUUUGCACGAAUCGGACUCGGAUUCGCUGAGGCUGGCUCUGCCAUUGCCACUCCAACGUAUCUAGCCGAGACGUUCCCUUAUAAAUAUCGAGGCUGGGGUUUGGGAUUGAUGUGCGAUUUCUACUAUGUUGUCGCCGCUGGUGUCACAUAUGGAACUUCUGAGUUCACCUCUACUUGGUCAUGGAGACUUCCCUCUCUUCUCCAGGCCUUCUGGAGUAUUCUUUGCAUCGUUAUUCUUGUCUUUUUGCCAGAGUCGCCUCGAUAUCUCGCCUUCAAAGACCAAGCUGGCCAGGCUCUGACAGCACUAGCUCAGAUCGGAUCUGACGGUGACGAAAGUGACCCUCUCGUCCUUGCUCAAUUACAGGAAAUUGUGGAUGCGCUGGAGUUUGAACGCUCCCAUGGAAACUCGAUUUUGUCGCUCAAGGAAAUUGCCAAGAGCAAGACUGUCCUAAGACGAUUGAUGCUGGUCGUCAGCUGCGCUCUUGCGACUGUGAUUGUUGGCAAUCAGAUUGGAAGCUAG